UGAAUGAAAAAUAAUUCUGAUAAUGUCUUCUUCGGAUUCAUUAUUUUUGAUAGAAAUCAAAAUAGAAGAUUUCGUCAGUUUCAUUAAAUGUAGAGAGUUCGGAAUUCUCUGUACAUUCAGUGAUUUGUUCGCCUUAGAUAUUAAAGAUCCAAGAAUAAUACACAAAAAAGUCGCACUCACACGAAAAUCAACACAAAACAGUCAAUUGAAUGAGAAAUCAAGGAAACCUAAACUGCAGGCUGCUAAUUCAAUAGUUAUUUCUUACGAUGUCAAUAGAUUAAUAUCGAAGAUGGAAAAGAUGCCGAUGGUAAUAUUCCUUCGAAAAAAAAUUAAAUCAGUUAGGGAAUUUGGAUUUACGCAGUACGAAUGGGAAAAACUAUAUAUUGAUUAUUUGAGAAAGUUGGAAUUUAACAAGGAAUUACCUCAACCAAUUCAAACCGUGAAGAAAUGUACAAUAUUGAAUGACACGGGAAAACAGAAAAUUGCUUCUUUUAAGACCACUGUGAAGUUAAGUCUAGUAAGAAAUCAAAGUUCCAUUAUAUCCGACAUUAUUGUAAAUAAAUACCCAUCACAGUCAGUAAUUCCUCAUAAAACUGAAGCAUCGAAUGAUAUCUUUGAUGAAAGAGCUGGAAAAUCCGACAAUAAAAAAUCUUUGGUAACCACAUUUAUUUCAAACGAUAAAUUACAUUUAGCUCUGAGUGAGGAUUCAUUAAUAGAUGUCGAAGACAUAGAUAUAAAUAUAGAUCACAAGAAAUCAAAAGAACAAGAACUUAAAACUUGGAAAGGAAGAAUUUGGAGCAGCACAACAGAUUUAAAUAAAAUGAAAUACGUAAGUACAAGAAAAUCAAAAUCGACAUCAGCAAUAAAAGCUUUUCAGAAAUUUAAUAUUUUAAAUUACAUUUAUGGCGACAUAAAUGCUCCUCACAAGUCUGUCCUUCCGAAACAACAAGUGUAUUAUGUCGGAUAUUUCACAGUAGAGCCAAACAAAAGUGAUAGUAGAUCAGGUAGAGGAUCACGCUCAGAUAAAACAAACGACAGUCAAACUGAUAAAUCAGACGAUGCUUACAGAACUACAAUAAGCGAUAUAAACAAGAGUAGCUCAAGUAGCAGUUCGGAAAGCGUAUGUAUAUUUAGUAAAGAAGCAGAACUUAGCGUUACUCAAUGUAAAAAGGUUGAAUGUGAAAAUAGAGUACAUAGAGAUGUACAUACACCCCCGGAUCCACAAGUCUUGUUAGACUUGGAGAAUAUGAACAAGAUAUGUUGUGAUAAAACAGAAAAGGUCGAGGAAGUUGUAGGUGGGAUUACGGCAAAGAUGAAGCUCGGCAAUGAUCCAUGUUUUUGUACAUGUGAAUGUACAUUUAGUUAUACAAAGAAAACUACUCUCUGUGGUAUAUGUGGUGGUUAUGAAAAACUUGGAGAGGAAUAUGAACAUGCGCCGAAGCAUUCCUUUCCUAUGCCUUGUCCUGUUUAUCACAAACUUAUGGAUAAAAAUAAAUUAAAAGCUCUUAGUACAUCUGGAAGUGAUACUAAAAAGAAAGAAGAUUCAGGCCAAAAAAGUGUAAGAACUGGAUCAAAAUCUGGUACUUCGUCUGAUAAACGGUCAAUAGCAGAGAAAAAAAGUGAAUCCGAAAAAGACAGAAAAAAAGAAAAGAAAGAUGACAGGUUCAAAUUUAAUUACGGUUACAAAGGUAUACCUCCUCAAAUCGGACACAUGCACUGUGCAAUGCCUUGCACGGGGACAUUGGGUCCGGUGCCGAGAAAUAUGGGCUGGCUAUGGACUGCUGACAAUGUGCCAGGACUAAAGUUCAAUCCCCAAUGGAAACCCGGAGCUAUCCACAAGUUUGUAUACAGAAUGUUAAAAUUAGCUAGGAAUCCAGGGGACGUAAUUGCUAAAAAGAGAAGAAAAGAUACUGGCAAAAAGAAGCGUCCAUUGAAGAGGCCGUUAUUAGUAGUUUCUAAGAAGAAUGGAGAGUAUACUGUCACUAUGGAAACGAUGAAAAAUUAUGCGAAACCUAGACAACUAAACCAACAACCCUAUGAAGAUAAACCUGUCAUGACGUAUGUCAUUGGCAGAACUGAAGAAGAAAAUCUAGCUAGACAAAAGAAGAAAGAGAGGGAACAGAGACGUCUCGAAAGAGCUCAGCGUAUGUUUAUUCAAAGCGCAUUUAAAGAUAUGUGUCAAGAAAUUUGUCUAAAGACUUACCAACAAGCCUUACGAAUCCUCCCCGACGCCGAGGAUCCAAAGUGUAUAUGUUACCCAGCGGAGCCGGGCCCCGACAAGACAAAUGUGAAUGUUUCCUGCUCGUGUUCAGAAGUGUCAGGCUCAUUCAAUUCAGAUACAGACUCUGAUGAAUGGGUAAUUGAAUUCACACCUCCGAACGCCAGUUUUGACCCCACGUUUAAGUGCAAGAAAGUAGCGAAAUUUGACAAGUAUACACAGUAUUCAUAUUUAGAUUUCCGAGUGAAAUUACUCGACCGCUUCGGUAACCCUGUACCAAGAUUUUUUAAAGGCCCAGAUGGUAAGCAGCAAUGUAGUGAUUUAGGUGGGUUUUGGAGUCCUGAUCAUAAAUGGUUGGAAAUAAAUGUAGAUGGAUAUAUUGGACCCGAUGAGCGGUGGGCUCCUAACAUCUUUAUAGGGCCUAGUGGCGAAACUGUGGACGCUGAAGCUGGUAAAUUUCAGGCAACUGAUGGGCGUUGGCUCGUUGUUGGAGUUGAUGGUUACGUAGAUUGUCAAGGGCAAUGGCGAUGGUACAAUAAAUCGAGAGGUAAAAUGAGCCAAAAGAGACCACUGAUGAUGAGCGAAAUGAAAAAUUAUUUCAAGUAUAAAAAAGAUACCAACAUUUUGAGGAAAUCACCAUCAUCGUGGAGUUGCUUCGUUGGUGUUAGUCCUUUACAAUUGUCGGCAAGAGGAAUAACCGGACACGGAGCGGAUAGAAAAUUACUCAGGAAAAAAUUAGAGGACUUAAUUAAGCAAGGCAUAAAAGUGCAAACGCCGCCAACGACUUAUGUUUUAUCUAACACGAAGAUGCGCUCUAAGAAGAAGAAGACUACCUUAACGACCCUAUCGAUAGAGAAAUGCAAACAUUCGCUGCCGUCAGAUAAAGGGGUAGAGGCAGUCGAUGAAUACGGAAACAAAACAUACUUUAGAUUUAAGCGCUCUAAAAACAAAAGACCUAAACAAAGAAUGGAUGAUUUAGCGAAACAUGGAAUAAGUUUGAGCUCUUUUCAUGUCCCUUGCUUUCAUUCUUUUAUCAAUUCUGAAAUAAUAAAGCAACAGCAAAGGAAAAGAUUUCAGACAUUCUCUAUUGUAAGGCAUGGUGAAACUCACAUGUAG